GGGAUCCAUUCAUCUCCGCUCUUUGUUGGUGGCUGUAGUUUCCCCUUCUGUCCCUUACCACCACUCUUCUGGAGCUCUCUCCCCUGGUGUCUGCUCCUAGUCCUCUUCUUCAACUCUGGUCCAGCCUUUUUCUAUCCAUCUUCUGGAUCUUGUCCAAUUUCCUCCAUAACUGAUGAGCUGGCGGCCGAAUCACUCUAUAGUUUCUCCUAUUUCCCGAUUUUCUCUCUCUCCUCUAAAGCUGGUUGAGGUCCCUCACAGUCACAGAAUUAGGGUAUUUGGUCAAACUCUCCCUCACCAGAAAAGGGUAGGUUUUGGAUGGUGGUGGAAGGCCCCCGUGGGGACGAGAUGGUUGGGUGCUCGCACUCCCUCGCAUUCUCUACAUACGGAUGGAAAGUAUUCAAAGUCCUUGUUCAAGUAGUUUGUUAUGCGAUUUGCCUAUUUCAUAUUGCCGAUAUGGAUAGUGGGGCUUGUCCAAGCUUGUUUCCAUUGCACCGAUGCAAAACUGUUCACCUGGUGAGGCAUGCUCAAGGGAUUCACAAUGUAGAAGGAGAUAAGGACUUCAAAGCAUACAUGUCUCCUGAAUAUUUUGAUGCGCACCUUACACGACUAGGCUGGCAGCAGGUUGAUAAUUUGUGUAAGCAUGUACACACUUGUGGCCUUGCCAAGAGGAUAGAGUUAGUCAUCACGUCCCCUUUAAUGAGGACGCUGCAAACGGCUGUUGGAGUAUUUGGUGGCGAGGGUUACACAGAUGGGAUGGAUGUUGUUCCACUUAUGGUGGCAAAUGCAGGAAACAGUGACCGUGCUGCAAUUUCAAGUCUAAACUGCCCACCAAUUAUUGCAUUAGAACUUUGUCGGGAACGUGAGAGAGGUCACCCUUGUGAUAACAGGAGAAAUAUCAGUGACUAUCGGGUUCUCUUUCCUGCAGUUGAUUUUUCAGUGGCAAAAAGUGAUAAGGACACAUUCUGGAGGCCUGAAGGUGGGGAGACUAAAGAAGAAGUUGCAGCUCGGGGUUUGAAGCUAAUUAACUGGUUGUGGACACGGAAAGAGAAGGAGAUAGCAAUAGUUAGCCAUGGCGGGUUCUUGUUUAAUACAUUAACUGCAUUUGGAAAUGAUUGUCAUCCAUUGGUGAAGGAGGAAAUUCGCAAAUCCUUUGCAAAUUGUGAGCUUCGGUCCAUGGUCAUUAUUGAUAGAAGCAUGAUAGGAUCAGAUUCCUCAAGAACAAACUAUCCUGGAGGGAUUCCUGCAGGUUUGGAUCCUCCCAGUGAUGUUGUUGCUGAUAAGAAAACUGAGAAAGGACCUGAUAAUAACUCUGCUCUUUAAAAAUCCAGUGGUGUUUGCUCAUGGUUUGGUAAGAGCAAUUGUUGGAAACCCUGUGUCCUUAAUUUUCCACAAUAUGUAUUACCAUUUCAAUUUUUUUUUUCUUCCAUGGUGAUGCCAUGAAAUGGACAGAACACCAAACAGGUGCCUUUUAUUUGGACAUUGAAAACAAAGAAGUUCAAAUUAU